AUGAUCAGAAAAUCCCCACCACCAUCGCCAACCACUGCUCAAGCUCUCGACAGCGCCGCACCUGAGCCCGACCCCAAACUCGCCAUCCGCACCGCGCACGCGAGCCCGCCCGACGCCCACGGCAGCGCCAGCCAGCAGCCUCGCCCGCCGCUGAACCGCUCCUCGCACGCGUCCACGGCAAGCGAUGAAACGCCGCCGCUGAACCCUCUUCCAGGCCCACCAGCGUCCGCCGACGCCCCCGCUGCAGACUCUGCCAGCGCCAGCAGUGCCGAUGCCGCCGGCGAGAGCGUUGCCGUGCCACCAAGGUCGGCGACAACCGCAAGACCGCCGCCAACCCCAGUUGCCGCGGAGCUGGAUCGCCUGAAGCAGGCCGUCCAUGCAAAAAUGGUCCUGAGUCAGCAGCGCGCUAAACUGAGCAGCAUGGGUGGUGCACCUCCCAGUCCAAAGUCCAUGGGCGCCCGCAGGGUCUCUCCGAUCAAGGAAGAAUCUUCAGAUGCCAUAUCCCCUUCGCUCGAUGCUGCGUUCAGCAGCCCCAUCCCCACCGGCUCCCUCACCACCUCGACCGAGUCGACCGAAUCCUCCAAGACCGUCCGCGGCAGCGUCCCCGCUACCCCCGCCCAGAUGCCCUUGCGCACGCCCUCGUAUCCGUUCCCAUAUGUUCCUGGCACUCCACGAACAUGGUCAUCUUCCUUCCAUCAGCCCUUCACCACCCUAUCCCCCACCGUUGGCGCAAUGGACGUGAGGGAACCCGGAACCCCACGAGACAGGCAGUUGUCGAGUGUGAGCACGCCCUUGGUUUCCGCCGCUUCUUUCAUGCCCCCAGGUGCCACCAUGCAGUCCGCAGAGGAUCCGCAAUACCCAACGCCGAACCUGUAUGAUUUGACGCUGCUUUUGUCGUCGGAGCCCGGGCUGGACGCAUGGUGGAAAGUGGUUACGAACAUCAUGAGAGACUGGUACGGAGCGGAGAGGGUCACGCUCGCCGUACCUGCCGAUCCCACAGACAUUGAAAACGUGCCGUGGGGCCAAAAAGCUUCGUUUAACUUAAUGGGGGCCAUCAAUCGGACUUCGUCGUUCAAGGCGACGGAGCAGCUGCAGGGUAAAGACGGCAGGGUUGAAGAGACGAAGGCAAAGGAGGGCAAGUUUGAAAAUGUGGACAUCUUCCAACAGCAGCAGCAGCAGCAGCAGCAGCAGGAACUCUCUUCACGCAGGAUGCGCCCCAAGUUGGAAUCGAGACAUUCUUUUGCCGGGCACGAGCGAACGAAAAAGGAUACGGUGGGCGAGCAAAGAACGUCCGGGCCCCCACCUCGGCCACGAGGUCCUACGAGGACUGCGAGCCAUACCCCUCACGUAGUGGGCCAAGGUCACCCGAUGACCCCGCAACGGGACGUCCAAUCCUCCGAUCAUCCAUCCAUGCCAAAUCACCAGCGUCUCAAAGAAUCCACUUUCAGCGACCCGGACUUCUCCAGCGUGGGUGAGGACGUCCCGAAGGGACCGUACUGGCAAGUCUUUCCGGUUCUCCGGGCAUUGGACCACGAGCCGCAAGCGCUCAUCGACAAUUCUGGAAUCAACCGGGUGCUGGAAAGAGGGAAGCUGGUCACGCUCACCAGGGACUACUCGAGCAUCGAUGGCUCGAGGCGAGACUCGGGCGCCCAUUCAUCCAAGGGUUCGCGCGGCUCUCCAGAGACACAAACCGCCAACAGACCGCAAGCAACUCCCAAGGCAGCUGACAUUCGCAGUCGAGCUGGCAAUGCAUCACACUUCGCCAGCGAAGAUUUUUACCGUUUCAAGCUUACGACUCAGUAUGAAGAAUACGAACAGUACCCAAGUUCACCAUGGGCACAAUCUCCUGCUCCCUCGCCUGCGAUCCAGGCCAAUCCGAAUGAGAAUCCCUUUUUUGCAGCUGCGAACGUAGAUGAAGAAUCCUUCAACCCGCAAGGUUCAGGAUCUGGCCCGGACUAUUCGGCACCAGUCGAAGCGAUUGGCGUUGACAGAGCCAGCACAGUUACGCACCUCCCUCUGAUCCAUCCCAUCUUGUCACAGGUGAUGCAGCCCUUCGAAACAGAAACCCCCGCCGAGACACCGGCCGAAUCACGCUUCUCCACCGUCUCCUCCGAACCCGCCGCCCCAAGGAAGGCACCGAUAGCCAUCCUAUCGAUGCUCUCUCCCAUGGUCCCGUACCCGCAGAACCUAACGCAAUCGCUAAAGCUGAUCGCGCCGCAUCUAGCGACCACUUUUUCCAAUGGUCUGCAUUACUCGUCCGCGCACCGUACGGCGGCCGGUACGCGCCACCGUCGUUAUGGCUCGGGGCAAACUACCGGCUUCGGAGCGACUCCUGGUGACGCCGAAAGCCUCGAUGAUCUGAUACACCUGGAUAUUGACGUUACCGAUUCAGCGACAGGGAGCAUAACGAGCCCAUCCGAGUACUCUGUACGAUCGAAGAACAGCCCGGGCGGAUCGAUCGCGGGGACUCCCGGGUGGGAUCACUCUGCCAUGGGGUUCUCGAGUAGCAAACACUCCGUCGGGAACACGCCGGGCCACAUCCUCGGCAGCGAAGCUGUAGACAGCUACUUCGACGCGAAGAAGAAGAUGGGUCCGAGCAGGGGAGAAGCGACCCUCAGGCCCAGCGGAGGCACGCCUCCCCCCAUGGAUCAAAGGACUCCUGGCGGCCGCAAGGUCGUUUCCAUCCUGCCGACGGAAGAAGAGGACGUCACGCCGAGGUUGGACCAACCUCCGACAAGUCAGCCUCAAAGCAAGGAUGGAAAACAGCAGCCGAGUCCCGAAGCCAAGGCAUCCGGCAGCCCUACGCGCGCUACACAUGCCCGAAGACUGAGUCUCCAUUUGAAACAGGACCAGGGCCGGGCCGACCAGCGCCAUCACAGCCUGCUCCACUCCUACGGCGCCGACUUCAGCUCAUCCUUCCAAUCCCUGCCUGCAGCCACGACGCCCGUGAAGACGCCCGGCGCUCAAUUCGGCCACGGGCGGGCUCCUUCAAUACCCGAACGGCAGGAUAUGCCGCCUCCCUCAGAGCGCCUCCUCAGAACGAUCAUAGAUUCCCUACCAGUGCAGGUCUUCACCGCAGCCCCUUCGACCGGCGCGCUAACUUGGGUCAAUACCAAAUUCUUGGUCUAUCGCGGACAGGACUGCCGCCAAAUCUUGCAAGAACCUUGGGAAGGCAUCCACCCGGACGAUCGGCCCGAGUACAUGAGCAUGUGGAGCAGAUGCUUGAGGACGGGCCAGCAGUUUCAGCAGAAGGUGCGUGUACGCCGCUUCGAUGGCAACUACCGCUGGUUUUACGUCCGCGCAGCACCGCUCAAGGACAAACGGCAAAAUAUCGUACACUGGAUCGGAACGAACAUGGACGUGCACGAUCAGCACCUCGCAGAGAUAAACGCGUCCAGACAGCAGGAGACGGCCGCGUCUGAAGCCAAGUACCGCGCGCUGGCAAACUCGAGUCCGCAGAUAGUAUUCGCCGUCAACAAGAGGAAGGGCAUCACCUUUUGCAACAGCCAGUGGCUAUCCUACUCCGGCCAGACUGAGGAGGACGCGUUGGGUCUUGGAUUCAUGGACUAUGUCCACCCGGAAGAUCUCGUCAAGUGCCGGUUGCCCGCGUUCGACAAGGACGGCGAGACGCCGAAGAACGUCCCGCUGUCCAUGCCCUCGGAUCUCCGGCGUUCGACGUCGGCAUCCAGCGGGUCGAUCUUCUCGGACGACUCGAGCACCAACAGAACAGUGACAAGUCCUGGUGGUUCGACCCCGUCAACUAUACACAUGCCCCAGACCAGACUCUCAAAGCUCGCAGAUACUGGUAUCCUGAAGGUCACCAGAGACUCGGAUGGAAGACCGUCAUAUUCGACCGAAGUCCGCCUGAGAUCCAAAGAUGGCACGUACCACUGGCAUCUGGUGAGGAUUCUCCUCGCGGAGCCGGUCCUUCAGGGCGAGGAGGAGGAAGAAACAUGGUAUGGAACCUGCACGGACAUCAACGACCACAAGCUCCUGGAGCAGACUUUGAAGGAAACCAUGGAUGCGAAGUCUCGCUUUUUGAGCAAUAUGUCGCACGAGAUCAGAACUCCGCUCAACGGCAUCACCGGUAUGGUCAAUUUCCUCAUCGACAGCAACCUUACUUCAGAACAGAUGGAACACGUCAACAUCAUCCGCAACAGCACAGAGGGCCUCAGAGACCUCAUCAACGACAUCCUCGACCUCUCCAAGGUCGAAGCCGGCAUGAUCACCCUCGCAAUGGACUGGAUGCAUGUAAGGUCGCUCAUCGAGGAGGUCAACGAUCUGACUUCCGCAAUGGCGAUCAACAAAGGCCUGGAGCUCAAUUACAUUGUAGAGGAGGACGUACCGUCGAUGGUCAAGGGGGACAGAUUCCGCAUCCGCCAAGUUUUGCUCAACGUGGUCGGAAACGCCAUCAAGUUCACCCAGCGCGGAGAGGUUUUCGUUCGCUGCAGGAUCGCGGAGAACCAAGAGGUUGCGAUUCCGGGCAAGGAAUCGCUCGUCCAAUUCGACGUCAUUGACACUGGCUCCGGGUUCACGGAGAAGGAGGCAGAGUUUUUGUUCAAACGUUUCAGCCAGAUCGACGGCAGCAGCACUCGACAGCAUGGAGGUACUGGUCUCGGCCUGGCUAUAUCGAUGCAGUUGGUGGAACUUCAUGGUGGGAAGAUGAAGGCAAGCAGCGUUCCUGGAAAGGGCUCAACGUUUACUUUCACAAUCAAAUUCACCCUCCCUUCGGAGGCUGAACAGCCUCCGCCUGAAGCCCACAGUCCAACUGCCACCACGAUGCCUCCGCCCGAGACCGGCGCUACGCUCUCGCCGUCGCCCAUCGAAACGCUCAAGUCUCCAGCGCGUUUCACCGAGUCGCCGAAGCCGUCGUCCGCCUCCUCGUCGGCGAGCUCUGACCCCUCGGUCAGGACGGGAAGGACGAGCGUGCCGUCAACGAGGUCGUCGACUUCGUCGUUCAGCUCCACCGCGAACGCUGCCAACAUGAAACUGAGCCUGCCCGCCGACAGCUCGAGCAAGAGGGAGGACUCGGCGAAUUCGAGUACGUCGAGUGACACUGCACGAGCGCCGAGCACUUCGGUCUCGUCGCCGCGCACGUCCUCGCCUCUUGCCGGGCAGCCGCCCAUGUAUUCCAUACUCGUGGUCUGCCCCUUGGCCAUGAGCCGCGACGCAACCGUCAGACACAUCGAGAUGACCUUGCCCAAGGCGGUCCCGGCCCAGAUCACCGCCAGAGACUCGGCUGAAGAAUGCCGAAGGAUGAUCAGCGGGGAAGACCCCGUCAUCUUCACUCACAUUGUGCUCGUCCUGCAUGAUUCGAAAGAGGUGAUUUCGUUCAUCGAUCAAGUGUUCCAUUCGCAGCCACACUCCGGCACUUCAGUCAUCAUCAUCUCAGACCUGGUGCAGAAGCGCGAAGUCAUGGCCGAAGCCUCGGCGCACGACUACGACAAACUUACCGACGACCGCCGGCUGCGCUUCGUAUUCAAGCCUCUCAAACCGUCCAAAUUCGCCGUCAUCUUCGAUCCGCAGAAGGAGAGAGAGAUCAGCACGGACCGGAACGAGAAUAGCGCACAGCAGGUGGCAGUGAACCAGAAGAUGGUGUUCGAUGACAUGAAGCGACGACUGGGCAACAAGGGGCACCGUGUGCUGCUCGUGGAAGACAACAAGAUCAACCAAACUGUUCUCCUCAAGUUACUCGGCAAGACGUCCAUCAACGUCGAAACUGUCCUCGAUGGCGUCGAGUGUACGGACAAAGUAUUCUCGAAAGAGCAUGGAUAUUACUCCAUCAUCUUGUGCGAUCUUCACAUGCCGAACAAGGACGGUUACCAGACCUGCAAGGAGAUCCGUCAGUGGGAGAAGAAGAACAGUUACCCGCACCUGCCGAUCAUCGCACUAUCGGCAAACGUUCUGGGGGACGUAUACUCUAAGUGCGUGGAGGCCGGAUUCAACUCGUACGUGACGAAGCCGGUGGAUUUCAAGGAGCUCAGCGCGGUGAUGACUCGGUUUUUGGAUCCGCCAGAUCCGGCCAAACCUCACGAAUUCAUGCGACCACGCAAAGAGUGA